AUGGCUUCGGGAUACGACAGAGCUCUUUCGGUGUUUAGUCCCGAUGGACACGUUUUCCAGGUCGAAUAUGCCGGCGAAGCUGUCAAGCGAGGUACCUGCGCGGUGGGCGUAAAGGGCACAGAUGUGGUGGUCCUCGGAUGCGAGAAGCGGUCGGCCAUGAAGUUGCAGGAUACACGCAUCACACCCUCCAAGAUCGGCCUGCUCGACAGCCACGUUUGUCUGGCGUUUGCCGGACUCAACGCCGACGCCCGCAUUUUGGUCGACAAGGCGCGGUUAGAGGCCCAGUCGCACCGCCUCAACCUCGAAGAUCCCGUUACGAUCGAGUACAUUACCAAAUAUGUCGCUGGCGUGCAGCAGCGGUACACACAGAGCGGUGGUGUCCGGCCGUUUGGUAUUAGCACGCUUAUUGUUGGGUUUGAUAAGGGCAGUGAGCAGCCGAGGCUGUAUCAGACUGAGCCCUCGGGCAUUUACUCUGCGUGGAAAGCCAACGCCAUCGGGCGGUCGAGCAAGACGGUGCGCGAGUUCCUUGAGCGUAACUACAAGGAGGACAUGGACCGGGAGGCAACGGUGCGGUUGGCGAUCAAGUCGCUGCUGGAGGUGGUGCAGACUGGUGCCAAGAACAUUGAGAUCGCCGUCAUGGCGCCCGGCAAGUCGAUCGAGAUGCUACCGGUCGAGGACAUUGAGAACUACGUCAAGACUAUCGAGCAGGAGAAGCAGGAGGAGGCUGCGAAGAAGAAGACUGGCAGGACCCCCGGGACGGGCAGCGCCGCGAUAUUGACACGGAGCGGGCAGGGCGAAUCCAGUGAGCAGUGA